UCUCUCUCUCUCUCCCGUCGGCCCGACAGCAUCCUCGCCUCGCCAUGGCCGCCCCAAGCUUUCCCCGUACCCGUCCAGGUCCCUAGCAAAAAAGCUUCCGCAUGCGGCAUCUCCUCCUCCCGGCACCUCGCCAAGCAUCUACCCCCACUGCCCAAGCCCUCACCCACAGCGCAAGCUCCGGCCUCCAGAUCCCCGCUCUGCCCAUGGCGGCGCGGGCGCAGGCGUGGCAGUUCGCGGCCGCCCUGGUCUUCUUCCACGGCUCCGAGUACGUCCUCGCCGCCGCCUUCCACGGCCACCGUAACGUCACCGCCACCUCGCUUCUUAUCAGCAAGCAGUAUGUUUUGGCAAUGAGUUUUGCAAUGCUAGAACACCUGACAGAAGGCUUUCUCUUCCCAGAACUAAAGGGUUAUCAGUUUGUCAGUAAUAUUGGCCUUCUAAUGGUGCUUGUUGGUGAAAUUAUUCGUAAAAUCGCUGUCAUCACAGCUGGACGCGCAUUUACGCAUGUCAUAAGGAUUCAUUAUGAAGACCAGCAUCAGUUGAUAACUCAUGGUGUUUAUAGAUUUAUGCGGCAUCCUGGCUAUUUAGGCUUUCUUAUGUGGGCCGUAGGAACACAGCUUAUGCUGUGCAAUCCAAUAUCUACAGUUGCAUUUGCAUUGGUGUUGUGGCGAUUCUUUGCAAAGCGGAUACCGUAUGAAGAAUUUUUCUUGAGGCAGUUCUUUGGCGCACGAUAUGAAGAAUACGCACAGAACGUGCACUCGGGGUUACCAUUUAUAAAAUGAAAGUUUCGAACUUGCAAAGCAUGAUUUCUUUACCAUUGAUAUGUCAAAGCAAAGUACUUUACAAUGUGGAUUCAAGAGAUAGUAAAUGAAAGAGCUAUGCCAUGGAUUUUAAUACAAUAGAAGAACAAAAUUGAAAAAAUUAUGAAGCAGACGGUCAUUCCCCAGCUCUUUAAUCUGGCCUGGAUGCCAGGUACUGCAGCACUGGCCAUCUGAUGUAAAUGGUUCGCCUACAGCUAGUUUUGUGGAAGCUCUGCCGUUCAUUAGAUUCGAACUGGAAUAGUUUCCUCUUUUGACGGUAUUGCCGACUAUUUCCUCUAGGUUCGUUGUGUCAAAGCUUUUUCCAACAUGGUUGUAUCAAGUGUAGCUAACGUAUAUACUCCAGACUCCACAAUGCUUUGCUCCUGGAGAUGAAAAGAAACUUCUCAUUUGUUUCA